CGUCAUCGCGGACAGAUGAUACCAGACGUUAGCGGGAGAGAAAUAACAUUUAUUCGAAAUAAAAAGAAAAACCAACCUGAAAACUCUCAAAACAAAAGCCGAGUUGGAUCUGACUGCAGGCUUAUUUUUGUCUCCAAACCAGUUUGCAGGUGCUUCCGACCACACGAUUUAAAGAUGAGCAGUGAAGCGGAGAAGAACAAGGAGUUCCUGGAGCAGCUGCGGAUGCAGGAACUGUAUGGCCAGAGAAAGGACUCUGGUUCUGACCCGUUCACCUACACCGACCCCGAGGACGGGACCGUGUACGACUGGGAUCACGACAAGAAGGCUUGGUUUCCCAAAGUAACGGAGGACUUCAUUGCAGCCUAUCAGGCCAACUAUGGCUUCACUCAGGAAGGGGUGCCAGAUUCAAACAGCUCAGCGCUGAGCACCUCCCUCCCACCAGCUCCUGGUACAAACAGCAAGACGCCAGAAAAGGCAAAAUCGGUAGAUUCUACUCCAAAUCCAAUCCCAGACCAGCAGGAGAUGUCUACUAAAGAAACCAAGCAGAAAGGGGAGAAGAGGAAAGCAGAUCAGGGAUGGUUUAGUAUCGACGAAGACAAAAACACAAACGUCUAUGUGUCAGGUCUUCCUCCUGACAUCACCCCAGAAGAGUUUGUGGAGGUUAUGUCCAAGUGUGGCAUUGUGAUGCGGGACCCCAUCACAGAGGAGUACAAAGUCAAACUCUACAAGGACAAAGAAGGAAAUCUGAAGGGAGACGGCCUCUGCUGCUAUCUCAAGAAAGAAUCGGUGCCAUUGGCCAUGCGUCUGAUUGAUGAGUCAGAGGUCCGAGGUUAUAAACUUCAUGUGGAAGCGGCACGAUUUGAGCUAAAGGGCCAAUAUGACGCCAGCAAGAAGAAGAAGAAAAACAAAGAGUACAAGAAGAAAAUGCAGCAGCAGCAGAAACAGUUGGACUGGAGGCCCGAGAAGAAAGGAGAUGUGAGGAAAAGGCAUGAAAAAGUUGUCAUCAUCAGGAACAUGUUCCAUCCCAGUGACUUUGAGGAAGACCCUCUGGAGCUGAAUGAGUAUCGUGAGGAUCUCCGGUCUGAGUGUGAGAAGUUUGGUGAAGUCAAGAAAGUCAUCCUGUUUGAUAGACACCCGGAUGGUGUUGCUUCAGUUGCGUUCAAGGAGCCUGAGCAAGCCGACGCCUGUAUUCUUUCAUUCAAUGGCCGCUGGUUUGGGGGCAGACAGCUGUCAGCGCUGCUCUGGGACGGAACGACAGACUAUCAGGUUGAAGAAACGACUCGUGAGCGGGAGGAGCGGCUAAAGGGUUGGUCCACUUUCUUGGAAGGAGGCGAUAAAAAGCAGCAGAAAAAUGACACCACUAGCAGCAGUCCAGCAGAGAGCAGCACAGAAACAGCACCCAGCACCCAGUCUGGCACCACAGAGUCCAAACAGCAGGCACAAACAGAACCACAGUCCUCAGAGCAGCAGGACAAGCAGGACAAGCAGGACAAGCAGGACAAGCAGGACAAGCAGGACAAGCAGGACAAGCAGGACAAGCAGGACAAGCAGGACAAGCAGGACAAGCAGGACAAGCAGGACAAGCAGGACGCAGACUCAACUGACAGCAGCCUGGCGGGAAGUGAUGAAGAGGAAGCCUGAACACGUCCUUGUGGAUUCAACCAGGACAGUCGUGCUUUAAGCUGAAGAGUGCUGAGCUUUCCCGUUAAGAUCAGGAGGAGGAGGAGGAGGAGGAGGAGAAGGAGGAGGGAUACGGACAGUUGACUCAAUUUAUAAUGUAGGACAAUAAAAUAAGGAUUUUUGUCUGCUAUUUUCAUCAUUUUGGUUGUAAACAUUUGCGCAUUCAGCAAUCUGGUCAUUCCUUAAAAACCAUCUCCACAAUUUCAUUGUAAUUUUUGUUCUUAUUCAGAAAACUCUUUAAUUAUUGUCCCAGUGUCUUUCACUUCAGCAGCAUUUAAAUGAACUGAUGGCUAAUUAUAAAGAGGAACGCUUAUUUUUGAAAAAUGCAGAACUCAUUAAGAAUUAAGUCUAUUAAAAAAAUGUUAAAUAAAAUUUUAACACUGCCACAAAA